CGCGUCAGCUGUGAAUGGGCCAAUAUACGUCAGCUACAAUUCUGUUCGCGCGUGAAACGAUAGCUAUAGCUAAGUACUACGUCCCUCCCCUCCCGCCCAUCCCGUUUCUCUGACAGUUCUCGCAUCGCUCGCCCGUUCUUUCGCCCAGGAGGUAUGACCACCCUGAUACUCGGCGUCGGCGUGGGACUAUUCAUCAUCCUCGGUCUGUGGGUUCUGGCCGCGCUGGUGUUCGUGGUGUCGUUGCGCGUCGAGAGGAAGGUUGGCGCGAUCGCGAUACUAAUCGUGAGCGUGCUCACGAUUAUUCUAAUCAGUGUGCCGCGCGCGUCGGAGAAGCCAGCUUCUAAGGACAGCAAGGUAUACGAUCGACUUUUCAUCUGGCGUGUAAUACUUCUGAUUGUGUUACUUGUCUCAGCCAUAAUUUCCCUUGUUGGAUACAUCAAAUUCGGAUUGGUGGAAGUUGUUAGACCAAUAAGGAUAUCCAGCUGGGUUCUCUAGGUGCAUCGCGUACUUUCAGUACUCUUGCCACCAAACAUGAAGACAUUCAACACGUUCAAGACUUAAUUUACGAAUUUAAAGUUCAUUUUUUCGUAAUACGUAGCCAUUGACUGUUAAUUUAUAUCACAAUUUAUACAUUAAAAAGAAAGGG